AUGCGGUACCCAACAGUUAAUGUAUCAAUCAGAAUUGCCAUGGUCGCAUUGACGGUACUGGGUUCAGCCGCCCUGAUAGCUGGCGUCCUAGCCUAUCCUCAAGGGUCACCAAACUCUCCUCCGCCUGCCACUGACCUAUCCGCACCAUGCGCGGAAGCAGCUACGAGGCUGUCUCUUCAAGACGGUCCCCAGGACAACCACUUCUAUUCUGACUGUCAUACUAGCGCCCACGUUAUCGUCACCAGUCCUCAGCCCAACAGCGAUCUCAACGUUGUCAAGCCUCGCCUGCUUGUUGCAUGGCCCGCUGGCAACAGUGGCGCUAUGGCGCUCUUUGCCCCUGAGAGCGGCCAGGGCAGUUUGACCAUGAGGCUAGAAGAUUCCGAGAACGGACAGUCCGUGGAGCCAUUGACCGCGUCGGACCGCGUGGGUGUUUCAGGGUCCAUCAACUUCGAUACGUCUGCUAGACUGACCGUACCUAUCCUGGGCAGUAUACGAAGCAUCCGCGACUUCACUGAGGGAGGUGGGGUCAGUCAAGACUUCCAGAACAGCUUCGGAUUCGCGAUCAACGGAGAUGGCAGCGCAUCGAUUAACCGCACUUGGUUUGACGGCGUAACAACUACCACGCUGAAAUUCUCACCCUUGAACGGUGGCCAAGCUAUCACGCUCAACCGCGAAGCUACAUGGACAUUGACUUUCGGCGCGGGGAGCUAUAGCUUCGAAGCUUCUUACAACUACCCACAGCUGGAGCAGCUUAGUCCACAAGAAGUCCUAAAUGAUGCGUCUUCGGGAUUGAUCGCGCAAAACCCGGAUCAAACCACCUCAUUGUCAUUUCUGUCAUACACGAAUAAACUUCUAGCUGGCACCUGGCGCUUCCUCACCUACUUUGGCCGCGACAGUAUGCUGUCACUGCUCUUGAUGCAAUCUAUUCUCAGCGAAGCCGCUAUUGAAGCUGUCAUCGGAGCUGUCCUCGAGCGAAUCAACCGCAACGAUGGCACAGUGUGUCACGAAGAGGUUAUUGGUGACUACUCGACUUGGCUGAACAAGAAGAAGGGAGUUGAUUCUAGUGCGCCCAGCUGUGACUACAAGAUGAUCGACACCGAUUUCAUGCUCCCCGUCGCUAUGAAGAGCUAUUUUGUCGAUACGGACGCUGGCAAGCAACGUUCCGAUGCUUUCUUCCGCAAGACUGCAACGUUUCUCGCCGAGAACGACGGGCUGCCUUACUCUCAGCUGGCCCAAAUUACCGCAGAAAAGAUCAUGCGGAUCGCUGAACCGUUUGCGCAAAGUCCCGUAAAAGAUAAUCUCAUCAAACUUAACGAGGGUGAAUCUGUUGGCGAAUGGCGCGAUUCUAAUAACGGCCUUGGAGGGGGCCGCAUACCGUACGACGUUAACACGGCGCUUGUACCAGCAGGUCUUCGGGCUAUCGCUAGCCUGAGUGGUGCAGGUUUCUUCCCAGACCACCCAGACUGGUCUCAAAAGGCUAAUCAGUAUGCCCAGAUCUGGGAGGACGAGACGCUACAAUUCUUCCAGGUCACCGUACCGCAAGCCACUGCCAAAUCACUUGUGCAAAAUUAUGUCUCCGCCGCAAACCUUGGUGUACCAAGCAACGCCGAUAGUAUUACUGGCGAUGUCACUUACUAUGGUCUCGCCCUAGAUGGCAAUGUUGGUUCACCAGUCGUGCCUGUCAUGAACACCGACGAUUGCUUCCGUCACUUCUUCCUGGACACUACAAAUCAAACCCAGCUGACGUCAUAUAUCGACCAGACUGCUUCUCACAUUCUUCAACCAUUCCCGGUAGGCUUAUCGAGUGACGUUGGCUUGUUCGUUGCCAACCCAGCCUACGCCGGAGACGCAGGCUUUGCUGCAGGCUUCUCAAAGACAGAUUACCACGGUACUGUAGUUUGGAGCUGGCAACUCGCAAUGAUGGGUGCUGGACUGGCACGACAACUGGGUCGAUGCGCGAGGGACAACGCUCCUGAAUUCUGCACAAACCCCGAGGUUCGUGAUAAGGUUGUUCGUGCUUACAACAGCCUGUGGGAUACCAUUGAUGCCAACCGCGAUCAGCUCAGCCAUGAAGUCUGGAGCUGGCAGUACAAUAACGGAUUCCAGGUGGCGCAGCUUGGCUCAUUGACUUCGACCGAGAGCAACAUUCGACAGCUUUGGAGUCUGACCUUCCUUGCGGUCAAGAGGGAGAGUUUCUAG